AUGGUCAUUCUGCAGCAGGGGGACUAUGUGUGGUUGGACCUUAAAACGGGCCGAGAGUUUGACGUUCCUGUGGGAGCCGUGGUCAAACUAUGCGACUCUGGACAGAUCCACGUUCUGGACGAUGAAGGCCGGGAACACUGGAUUUCCCCUCAAAAUGCCACCAACAUCAAGCCCAUGCACCCGACGUCCAUCCACGGCGUGGAGGACAUGAUCCGUCUGGGCGACCUCAACGAAGCUGGCAUCCUCCGCAACCUGCUCAUCCGCUACAAUGAACGCGUCAUCUAUACGUACACAGGCUCAAUCCUGGUCGCGGUCAAUCCCUACCAGCUGCUGCCCAUCUACACUCCAGACCAGAUCCGCCUCUACACCAAUAGGAAGAUCGGAGAGCUGCCGCCGCACAUAUUCGCCAUAGCGGACAACUGUUACUUUAACAUGCAGCGGAACAACAAGGACCAGUGCUGCAUCAUCAGUGGUGAGUCCGGAGCCGGGAAGACCGAGAGCACAAAGCUGAUUCUGCAGUUCCUCGCAGCCAUCAGCGGUCAACACUCCUGGAUUGAGCAGCAAGUCCUGGAGGCUACGCCCAUCCUGGAAGCCUUUGGAAAUGCCAAGACCAUCCGUAAUGACAACUCCAGUCGCUUUGGGAAAUAUAUCGAUAUCCACUUCAACAAGCGAGGGGCCAUCGAAGGAGCCAAAAUAGAGCAGUACCUGCUGGAGAAGUCUCGUGUGUGCCGACAGGCUCCAGAUGAGAGGAACUACCAUGUUUUCUACUGUAUGUUGAGGGGGAUGGCUCCAGAGAUGAAGGCCAAGCUGGGCCUGGGCCUCGCUACAGACUACUCCUACCUCACCAUGGGUAAAUGUACACAGUGUGACGGUCGUGAUGACCUGAACGAUUACUCCAGCAUCAUGUCAGCCAUGAAGGUCCUCAUGUUCACCGAGACUGAGAACUGGGAGAUUUCCAAGCUGCUGGCUGCCAUCCUGCACAUGGGCAACCUCGGAUUCGAGGCUCGUACGUAUGACAACCUGGACGCCUGCGUGGUCGUGAGAUCUCCUGACCUGGUGACUUCAGCUUCACUCAUGGAGGUGGAGCCGAAGGACGUGAUGGUGUGUUUAACCACACGGACGCUGAUCACACGAGGUGAAAGUGUUGCCACGCCUCUCAGUGUGGAUCAAGGCCUGGACGUCAGGGACGCCUUUGUCAAGGGGAUCUACGGCAGGCUGUUUGUCUGGAUUGUAGAUAAGAUUAACGCUGCUAUAUUCAGGCCUCCGAUGUCUGAGGGUAACAUCAUUCGCAGGUCGAUCGGUUUAUUGGACAUCUUUGGAUUCGAAAACUUCAUCGUCAACAGUUUUGAACAACUGUGCAUCAACUUUGCCAACGAGAACCUGCAGCAGUUCUUUGUCCGUCACGUCUUCAAACUGGAGCAGGAGGAAUACAACCUGGAGGACAUCAGCUGGCAGCACAUCGAGUUCACCGACAACCAGGACGCGCUGGACAUGAUCGCCAACAAGCCCAUGAACAUCAUCUCGCUCAUCGACGAGGAGAGCAAAUUUCCUAAGGGAACUGAUGCGACGAUGCUGUAUAAGCUCAAUUCACAGCACAAGCUCAACUCUAACUACAUCCCCCCAAAGAACAGCUACGAAAGCCAGUUUGGGAUCCAACACUUUGCUGGUGUGGUGCAUUACGAGACCAGAGGAUUCCUAGAGAAAAACCGAGACAGCCUCCACACCGACAUCAUCCAGCUCGUCCAUUCGUCCAAGAACAAGUUCAUCAAGCAGAUCUUCCAGUCCGACGUUGCCAUGUUUCUGUGUGGCUAUCAGCAGCCCAGCACCCCCACUCCCAAGGGUGUUGAGACCAGGAAACGCUCUCCCACUCUGAGCAGCCAGUUCAAACGUUCCCUGGAGAUGCUGAUGAGGACACUCAGCGUCUGCCAGCCGUUCUUCGUUCGCUGCAUAAAACCCAACGAAUUCAAAAGGCCUAUGUUAUUUGACAGAGAGCUGUGUAUUCGUCAGCUGCGCUACUCCGGCAUGAUGGAGACCAUCCGGAUUAGACGGGCCGGUUAUCCCAUUCGAUACACCUUUGGCGAAUUUGUGGACCGUUACCGAGUCCUCAUGCCUGGCAUCAAACCUGCGCACAAACAGGAGGAUCUACGAGGAACCUGCCAACAUAUAGUCCUGGCCCGGCUGGGGAAACACGAUGACUGGCAGAUCGGAAAGACCAAGAUUUUCCUGAAGGAUCACCACGACAUGCAACUGGAGAUCGAGAGAGACACGGCCAUUACGAACAAGGUCAUCCUCAUCCAGAAGGCUGUGCGCGGACUUAAAGAGAGGACAAACUUUCUCAGACUAAGGAAUGCUGUGAUUUUUAUCCAGAAGGUGUGGAGGGGUUAUCGGUCCAGGAAGAAUUACCAAAUUAUGCAGUCAGGCUUCUUACGCCUCCAGGCUGUCUACAGGUCCAGGAAGCACUACAAAAGCUACCGGUCGACUCGCCGUUGUGUUACUCUCAUGCAAGCCCGUUGCCGCGGUUUCAUCAUCCGGCAGACAUUUUGGCGGCGUCUUCGUGCCGUGUUGACCAUCCAGGCCUACACCAGGGGCAUGAUAGCCAGACGCCUCUGCCAGAGGCUCAGGGCAGAGCUGCAGCAUCGCCUGGAAGCCGAGCGUCAGCGCCUGGCCGAGGAGGAGCAGCUGCGAAACCAGAUGACGGCUCGGCGGGCCAAAGUGGAGGCCGAGAGGAAACACCAGGAGCGGCUCAUCCAACUGGCCCAGCAGCAGGAGGAGAGGGACAGGGAGGAAAAAGAGGAAGCGAAGAGAAAGAAGGAGAUGGUGGAGCAGAUGGAGAGGGAGAAGGAACAGCCUGUGGACCACUCAGACAUGGUGGAUCGCAUGUUCGGUUUCCUGGGGAACUCUGGGCCGUUACCCAACCAGGACGGACAAGCACCAUCCGGCUUUGAAGACUUGGAGAAUAUUCCUCACUGUGAGGAUGCUGAAGAAGAGGAGCUGAAUGAAGCCCCACCGCUACCCGAUGAGGAGGAUGAGGAUUUGUCCGAGUACAAGUUCUCUAAGUUUGCAGCCACCUACUUCCAGGGUGUUUCCACUCACACCUACAUCAGACGGCCGCUGAAACAACCUCUGCUUUUUCACGAGGACGAAGGAGACCAACUGGCUGCAUUAGCCGUGUGGAUCACCGUGUUGAGGUUCAUGGGAGACCUGCCUGAGCCAAAAUGCCAGAUGGUCAUUAACGACGGCAGCGAGAAGAUCCCUGUCAUGACCAAGAUCUACGAGACGCUCGGCAAGAGGACUUACAAGAGGGAGCUGCAGGAGCUGCAGGUGGAAGGAGAGAACAGCUCCAUAGACACCCAGAAGAGGAACAGCGUCAGACAUAAACUUGUUUCUCUCACCCUGAAGAGGAAAUCCAAGAUCACUGAGGAGGUCACCAGGCGGCUCACAGAGAGCGACUACGCCCUCCAGGGGAACAGCAUGCUGGAGGAUCGACCCACCUCCAACCUGGAGAAGCUUCACUUCAUCAUCGGAAACGGCAUCUUGCGUCCCGCCCUCAGGGAUGAGAUCUACUGUCAGAUCUGCAAACAGCUGACUCAGAAUCCUUCAAAGAGCAGCCACGCUCGCGGGUGGAUCCUGCUGUCCCUCUGCGUCGGCUGCUUCGCCCCCUCCGAAAAAUUUGUCAAAUACUUACGGACAUUUUUAGUUAACGGUCCGCCCGGUUACGCUCCAUACUGCGAGGAAAGGUUGAGGAGGACGUUUGUCAACCGCACGAGGACCCAGCCGCCGUCCUGGUUGGAAUUACAGGCCACUAAGUCGAAGAAGCCCAUCAUGCUUCCAGUAACAUUCAUGGACGGCACCACUAAGACCCUCCUGGCAGACUCGGCCACCACCGCCAGCGAGCUGUGCAACGCUCUGGCGGACAAGAUCAGCCUCAAAGAUCGCUUCGGCUUCUCGCUCUACAUCGCUCUGUUUGACAAGGUGUCAUCAUUGGGCAGCGGCAGUGACCACGUCAUGGACGCUGUGUCCCAGUGUGAGCAGUACGCUAAGGAGCAGGGCGCCCAGGAGAGGAACGCUCCCUGGAGGCUUUUCUUCAGGAAGGAGAUUUUCAACCCGUGGCACAACCCGGCCGAGGACUACGUCGCCACAAACCUCAUUUACCAGCAGAUUGUACGAGGGGUGAAGUUUGGAGAGUACCGCUGUGAGAGGGAGGAGGAUCUGGCAGAACUGGCCUCUCAGCAGUACUACGUGGACUAUGGCGUAGAGGUCCUCCAGGACCGCCUGCUGAGCCUCAUCCCCUCCUACAUCCCCGACAGAGAAAUCAACUCAACGAAGACCCCAGAGAAAUGGGUUCAACUUAUCAUCAACGCCCACAAAAAGGGAUUACACUUGAAGAGGAGGAUCAACACGCAGAAGGUGAAGGAGGACGUGGUGGAUUUUGCCCGUUUAAAGUGGCCUUUACUCUUCUCACGCUUCUACGAGGCCUUUAAAUUCUCAGGACCCAGCCUGCCCAAGAACGACGUGAUCGUGGCGGUGAACUGGACCGGGGUUUACUUCGUGGACGAGCAGGAGCAGGUUCUUCUGGAGCUUUCUUUCCCCGAGAUCACAGCUGUGUCCAGCAGCAGAGGGGGUAAACUCCAGGGUCAGAGUUUCACCCUGGCCACCAUGAAAGGAGACGAGUACACGUUCACCUCCAACAACGCAGAGGACAUCCGCGACCUGGUGGUCACCUUCCUCGAGGGUUUGAGGAAGAAGUCCAAGUAUGUGGUCGGACUGCUGGACUGUCCCAACCCCGUGGGAGUAGAUUCAUCAUUCCUGAGUUUCACCAAGGGGGAUCUGAUCAUCUUGGACGAACAUGACGGAGAGCAGGUGAUGAACUCCGGCUGGGCUCACGGCAUCAACGACAGGACCAAACACAGAGGGGACUUCCCCGCCGACUGUGUCUACAUCCUGCCGACUAUCACCAGACCGCAGUAUGACAUAGUGGCUCUCGUCACUAUGACUCCUGAUCAGAGGCGAGAGUCCAUCAGCGUGUCCCUGAGUAACGUCUCUGACAACGAGGACAAAACCAAGGCCUACACGCUGGAGGAGUUCUCCUACGACUACUUCAGACCUCCUCCUAAGAGCACUCUGAGCAGGGUGAUGAUCUCUAAAGCUCGAGGGAAGGAGCGUCUGUGGGGCUGCAGCAGGGAGCCUGUCAAACAGCCUCUGCUGAAGAAGGUCCUGGCCCACGAGGAGCUCUCGCAGGAGGCCUGUCUGGCUUUCAUAGCUAUAAUGAAGUAUAUGGGCGACUACCCAUCCAAACGAGUUCGCUCCGUCAACGAGCUCACCGAUCAGAUCUUUGAAGGAGCGCUGAAGGCCGAGCCGCUCAAAGACGAGAUCUUCUGUCAGAUUCUCAAACAGCUCACCGAUAAUCAGAUCAAAUACAGUGAGGAGAAGGGCUGGGAGCUGCUCUGGCUCUGCACUGGUUUGUUUCCUCCCAGUAACAUCUUGCUGCCUCACGUCCAGAAGUUCCUUCAGGCUAAGAAACAUUAUCCACUGGCUCCAGACUGCAUGCAGCGGCUACAGAAAGCCUUACGAAAUGGGUCGAGAAAGUACCCUCCUCACCUGGUGGAGGUGGAGGCCAUCCAGCACAAAACCACUCAGAUCUUCCACAAGGUUUACUUCCCCGAUGACUCGGACGAGGUGUUUGAAGUGGAGUCGAGCACCAAAGCCAAAGACUUCUGCCACAACAUCUCCGGACGUCUGAUGCUUAAAUCCUCCGAGGGUUUCAGUCUUUUCGUCAAGAUCACUGACAAGGUCAUCAGUGUUCCUGAUGGCGACUUCUUCUUCGACUUUGUGAGGCACCUGACCGACUGGAUCAAGAAAGCCAGACACGUAAAAGAGGGUGCUGUGCCUUCGCUGACGUAUCAGGUGUUCUUCAUGAAGAAACUUUGGACGAACACGACGCCGGGAAAAGACUCCAUGGCUGACUCCAUCUUCCACUACUACCAAGAGCUGCCCAAGUACCUGCGUGGCUACCACAAGUGUUCGAAGGAUGAGGUGCAUCAGCUGGCAGCGCUCAUCUACAGGGUGAAGUUUGAGGAGGAAAAAUCCCACUUCCAAAACAUUUCCAAGAUCCUCAAAGAGCUCGUCCCUCAGGAUCAGAUCAGACAUCUGUCCCCUGAUGACUGGAAGAGGUCCAUCAUGACACUGUUCAACAAGAACUCAGGGAAGACUCGAGAAGAAGCCAAACUCUCCUUCCUCAAAAUCAUCUACAAGUGGUCGACAUUUGGUUCUGCCUUCUUUGAAAUCAAGCAAACAACUGAUCCAAAUUACCCAGAAACCGUCUUGAUAGCAAUCAACAAACAUGGAGUCAGUCUGAUUGAUCCAAAGACGAAGGACAUCCUCACCACUCACCCCUUCACUAAAAUCUCCAACUGGAGCAGCGGCAACACGUACUUCCACAUCACCAUCGGAAACCUGGUCCGAGGCAGCAAGCUCCUGUGUGAAACCUCGCUGGGCUACAAAAUGGACGACCUCCUGACCUCUUACAUCAGCCAGAUGCUGACGACCAUGACCAAACAACGGCCGCCCCGAAGCAACAGCAAGUGA